AGAUAUGAAAUAGAGCACUAAUGCAAACUUCUUCGUUCGAAGGUUUUGAAACGCAUGGAAUCACGUGACACUUUCGUCAAUCCCCUGUUAUCGCUCAGGCGCAAGGUAAUUUCUGGACAAUUUCACGUUAGAACACCGCUAACCUUUAUUUAAUCAAUAGCCUGACUCUCACAUUAACGAGGUCGCACGCGUCCUCGCGUCAGUUCAGACGGCGCUCACGGCUAGGAUGCUAAUACACUUGGGUUUCUCAUAUUUCGCCGUGCUUUAUCCCUCCGUGACGCCAACAAGCAGGCUGCGGUUUAUCGCUCCUUAAUCGUGUGGAUCUCUCGCUCGAAUAAUAAAAUGUAAGGAACCCGCCGAACCUGCAUUUUGCAUUUUGUCCGCGAAAAUGCAGAAGGGAAUGAGACUCAAUGAUGGCCACAUCACAUACCUGGGUCUUUUGGCAAAAAAGGACGGCACGAGGCGGGGCUGCCUAAGUAAGAAGAGCUCGGACAACACGAAAUGGCACACCAAAUGGUUUGCGCUGCUGCAAAACAUGCUGUUUUAUUUCGAGGGUGAGUCAAGCUCGCGGCCCUCAGGAUUGUACCUGUUGGAGGGUUGCGUGUGUGACCGGUCGCCAUCGCCUAAGCCAUCGCUCUCCGCCAAGGAGUGCUUAGAAAAACAGUAUUAUUUCACAAUCAGCUUCAAUCAUGAAAAUCAAAAAGCUCUUGAGCUUCGCACUGAAGAUGUAAAGGACUGUGAAGAAUGGGUAGCAGCAAUAACACAUGCCAGCUACAGAAACCUGGCCACAGAGCAUGAGACUUUGAUGCAGAAGUAUCUCCAUCUGCUUCAAAUUUUGGAGACUGAGAAAACAGUUGCUAAGCAACUUCGACAACAGAUUGAGGAUGGGGAGAUUGAAAUUGAACGCUUAAAAUCAGAGAUUGCUGGAAUGCUUAAAGACAACGAGAAGAUCCAGUCCAACCCCAUUAUUGCCCCCAGCGAAGAAGACUCUGAAAUCAAGAAAAUCAAGAAGGUACAGAGUUUCUUGCGUGGUUGGAUGUGUCGGAGGAAGUGGAAGACCAUUAUCCAGGAUUACAUUCGUUCACCGCAUGCCGAAAGCAUGAGGAAGAGAAACCAGGUGGUAUUUAGCAUGCUGGAAGCUGAGGCCGAGUAUGUCCAACAGCUUCACAUACUUGUCAACAAUUUCCUUCGACCACUCCGCAUGGCUGCCAGUUCCAAGAAGCCACCUAUUACUCAUGAUGAUGUCAGCAGCAUUUUUCUCAACAGUGAAACCAUCAUGUUUUUACACCAGAUAUUCUAUCAAGGCCUAAAAGCACGAAUAGCAAGCUGGCCAACAUUAGUAUUGGCUGACCUCUUUGACAUUCUCCUGCCCAUGCUGAACAUCUAUCAGGAAUUUGUUCGCAAUCACCAGUACAGCCUGCAGAUCCUGGCACAUUGCAAACAAAAUCGUGAUUUUGACAAGUUGCUGAAGCAGUACGAGUCCAAGCCUGACUGUGAGGAGCGCACUUUGGAGACCUUUCUCACGUAUCCCAUGUUCCAGAUACCACGCUACAUUUUGACUCUCCAUGAGCUGUUGGCACACACACCUCAUGAACAUGUGGAGAGGAAUAGUCUGGAAUAUGCUAAAUCCAAGCUUGAGGAGCUGUCCAGAAUCAUGCAUGAUGAAGUAAGUGAAACAGAGAACAUCAGGAAGAACCUGGCCAUUGAGCGCAUGAUUGUGGAGGGCUGUGAGAUUCUCCUGGAUACUAGCCAGACUUUUGUCAGACAAGGAUCACUUAUCCAGGUGCCCAUGAGUGAGAAAGGGAAAAUCACCCGUGGCCGUUUGGGCUCCUUGUCUCUAAAGAAAGAGGGCGAGAGACAGUGUUUUCUGUUCUCCAAACACCUCAUAAUCUGUACCAGGGGCUCUGGGGGGAAGCUGCACCUCACAAAGAAUGGAGUGGUUUCACUUAUUGACUGCACGUUGAUUGAGGACCCUGAAAGCACGGAUGAUGAGCCAAAACCAGAGAAGAAUACACAAGAUAUGGAGCACCUGGACUUUAAAAUAGUGGUGGAGCCUAAAGACAGCCAGUCCUUCACCGUCAUCCUAGUUGCUUCCUCAAGGCAAGAGAAGUCAGCCUGGACCAGUGACAUAAGCCAGUGUAUUGACAAUAUUCGUUGUAAUGGCCUUAUGAUGAAUGCUUUUGAAGACAACUCAAAAGUCACUGUGCCACAGAUGAUCAAAUCUGAUGCCAGUCUUUAUUGCGAUGACGUGGACAUCCGCUUCAGUAAGAUGAUGAACUCAUGCAAAGUGUUGCAGAUCCGCUAUGCCAGCGUGGAGCGUUUAUUGGAGAGGCUAACUGACCUGCGCUUCCUGUCGAUUGAUUUUCUCAACACAUUUUUGCACUCAUACCGUGUCUUUACUACUGCAGAUGUUGUACUUGACAAGCUCAUUGCCAUCUACAAAAGGCCCAUCAGUGCCAUCCCAGCUCGCUCUUUAGAGCUGUUCUUCGCCAGCAGCCAGAAUACUAAGCUGCUAUAUGGUGAACCACCCAAGUCACCUCGUGCCAGCCGUAAGUUCUCUUCACCUCCUCCACUGGCCCUUGGCAAGACAUCUUCUCCCAACCGGCGCCGCAAGCUCUCACUCAACAUCCCCAUCAUCACAGGUGGCAAGGCAUUGGACCUUGCUGCACUUACUUGUUCCUCCAAUGGAUAUGCAAGCAUGUACUCCACCAUUACACCUUUCAGCAAGACCACACUGGAUAUCAACAAGCUCUAUGUGUCCAGCCCAAUUACAAGCAAAAUCACAGAUGAGGCUGAAGGCAAAUCUGAGCGAGCAGAGGAGCCCUCCCUUGGUAGACAGGAUAUUUCAGUGAGGGAAGAAAGUGACAGUGAACCGGUCCAGAGUGAUGAGGCUGAUGCAGAGGCUUCACCCACCAAAUCGCCUACAACUCCAAAAACUGUAAAAUGCAAAACGUCUUCAGAUUUCUCCCUGUUUUCAUAUAAUAAUGGAAUGAUGAUGUCAUCUUGCCGAGAAAUAGACAACAACCGCAGCGCACUUUCAGCAGCAUCUGCUUUUGCUAUUGCCACGGCUGGGGCCAAUGAAGGCACACCCACCAAGGAAAAGUACCGCCGCAUGUCCUUGGCUAGCACAGGAUUUCCCACAGACCAGAGGAAUGGAGAUAAGGAGUUUGUGAUUCGCCGAGCGGCAACUAACAGAGUACUUAAUGUCCUAAGGCACUGGGUGUCCAAGCAUUCCCAGGAUUUUGAGACUAAUACAGAAUUAAAAACGAAUGUGAUAUCCUUCUUGGAGGAAGUUAUGCAUGACCCUGAGCUUCUAACUCAGGAAAGAAAAGCAGCGGCCAACAUCAUAAGGACGCUUACACAGGAGGAUCCUGGUGACAAUCAGCUUUCUCUGGAAGAUGUACUACAGGUGGCCAAGGGUGAUAAAGCAGAGCCUUUUGAGAACCACUCAGCUUUAGAGAUUGCAGAGCAGCUCACCCUGCUGGACCAUCUUUUUUUCAAAGUUAUCCCAUACGAGGAGUUCUUUGGCCAAGGCUGGAUGAAGAAUGACAAAAAUGAAAAGACACCCUUCAUCAUGACAACGACAAAGCACUUCAAUGAUGUAAGCAACCUUAUUGCAUCAGAAAUCCUACGCUGUGAAGAUAUGAACACACGGGUGGCUGUGAUAGAGAAGUGGGUAGCAGUGGCUGACAUCUGCCGUUGUCUCCAUAACUAUAAUGCUGUCCUGGAGAUAACAUCAUCCCUCAACCGCAGCGCCAUUUUUCGUCUCAAAAAGACCUGGAUCAAAAUUUCCAAACAGACCAAAACAGUUAUUGACAAGCUGCAGAAGUUGGUCUCAUCAGAAGGAAGGUUCAAGAACCUAAGAGAAGCUUUAAAAAAUUGUGAUCCUCCAUGCGUGCCGUACUUGGGGAUGUACCUCACGGACCUGGCAUUCAUUGAGGAAGGAACACCAAACUACACAGAAGACAACCUGGUUAACUUUUCCAAGAUGAGAAUGGUAAACAAAAGAUCUCUCAUAUCAUCAGAGAAAUACGGCAGUUUCAGCAAACCGCAUACAAGAUUGAACAUCAGCCAAAGGCAGCACAGUAUUUGCUUGACAGUAGCAAUGUGUUGGAUGAAGAAAGCAUGUACGAAGCCUCACUCAAAAUUGAGCCCAAAGUGCCCAACUGAGAACAAGGCUUCUGUGAAACUCAAACAGUUGUAUAGCCUAUAAUGUAUUCAUACACAGUAUGUCAAGUUAUAUAUUAUAUGUUAUUGUGCCUGUAUCUGUAACAUUUUAUUUCUAGAAGUUAUUAAAGCACUUAAACAUUCUAUUAUAGAGUUGCAGAUAUUAUAACAUAAUUUUCCGCUUCCCAGUACCAAAAAGAAAAAAAUGUGUAUGCAUAUCAAAUAUUUAUUUGAGAUAAAUGUCAAUUUAAAUUUUAUUUGUGUUUUUAUUAAUAAUUCAGGUUACACAUAAAUUUUGAUUCUCCCUUUAUUGCUAGUAAUUAUCUGAUGUGAAGUAGACAUGUAUUUUUACUGAACCAUGAAAUUUUAUAGCUAUAUAAUGUAACAUUGAAAAAAAAGUGCAUUGGGCAUUUUUACAUAAGUGAUAUUCCAAGGUGGAAAUUAACUAACAUCAUAUUUAAAAAUCACUAUACACAAUAUACACAUAUAGGUAUGUGAUUUUUAAAUAUAAACUACCUGCAACAAUUACAAUAUUUUAUGGUAUAUGGAACAUUUAGGUGUUAUUUUGUGAUAAUCAAAUCAAAAGUAUAGUUUGAAAACAAAGUUUAUCCUGUUGUGUACAGAAUGUCAUUAUAAACUUAACCUUCCAAUCUAGUGGAAUAGCUCUUUUGAUGAGAAUAUAGGGCUCAAUUUUCAUGCUAAUAUGAGCAUGAUUUGCUGGUUAAUUCUAUUAUAUUCCCAUUUUAUAAAAUGUAUAAAAAUGUAAAAAAAACUGAAACUGAAAUUGUUAUUUGCUGUUGGAGCUGGUUUGAAGCAGUUUACCUGGCUAAAACUCAUGUACAGGACUAAUUGUCCUACAAUAUGUAACAAUUGUUAUACAGAUGUAGCAAAGUUCACUUUUUUCCAUUAGCCUUUAGUUUCACUGAAAAAAAUAUAAAAUAAGAAUUUGUCGAUUUAAAUGUUUUGGAAUGUGAUUAAUAAAAAUUAUUAAAUGUUGUUCAUAUACCCAGAAUAUAUAUGCUCAGAAACAACUGUGAAGUAAAUUAAGUGAGAUACAAGUGCCCUGAUGGUCUAACACCACUAUUUGUGAGGCUUUGGAACCUUGUAUCUGGAUGAGUAAUAAGUAGAAUUGUCACUACUAAGAAUAUGGUUAUGUUUUCCUUCUGGUUUACCAUCUAUAUGUCAAACUUGCAUAGAAUGGCACGUUAUCUAAAUUUUUUACACAAUAUUUUGGUUGAUACCAUUAUUUUGCAUAGCAGGAAGCAUUGACACCUAACAGCUCAAGAGUUUUCUCCUAGCGUUUGCUCUCUGGUUUUAUCAAACCUCCCAAAUAUCCAUGUUAGUGGACUGGAUAAAUUACACGAACAAUAAUUUGGUUGGCAUUGGAGAUGGUUUUCAAGCUCCUAAAUCUGGUUACUCCUUCCUGGAGGUUCAGACCUGGAUAUAUUUGAAGCCAAAUAUUGUUCAUCAAAUCAAAAAUGGUUUAGAAAAAAGAUAAGGAAAACAGAUGCAUAUAUAAGUGGUGGUAAAAAUGCUUAUACACAUAAUGGAUGGAUAUGCUUGCUCUCCAUAAAGUUCUAGAAGCAUAUGGAAAUUGUAUUAUUAAAGCAUUAAACAAUUAAUCAUAUAAAAAAGAUUAUUUAAAUGUGAAUAAAUUAUUAAAGUUGAUUGGGGUUAAAUAUAAGAUAUAAUAAUGGAGACUAGUAAAAUGUUCAGUCACCUCACUAAUCAUAAAUGUUAACCAUUGUCUGUCAAUGUCAGCCUUUCAUUUUCAUCAAAAUUGUCUGUGUGUCAAAUAUUCUGCUUCCAUUCUGAAUGAGACUGGGGUUAUCUAGUCUCUGUGUAUUGUUCUCCAGCCACAGUUAAUGCCAGACAACCUUUUCAGGCAUUAGCACAGAAAAAGAAAAAAAAUUACUUACUUUUGCUCAUUUAUGAUCUGAUAGUCCACCAUGAGUAUCCAGCCGCCUGUGAUUUUUUCACACACAAAAAAACAUGCCUAUUAUACUGUACAUGCUGUGCAUCUUCACUAGGAUUCCCUUCUCCUCAAGACUGUGUGGGGAGAAUUCCAUUGAUUGCUGUCAUGCAGAUGUUUUGUAUGUUUUGUGUUUGGUCAGACUUGGUCUAUAUCACUGGUUUUAUUAGCAAUAUUCUCCAGUUUUUUUUCCACCUGCAUCAGCUUACAAAUUAUUUUACCUUAGUUAGUUCAGGCUGCCUUUAAAUGUCUGCAGAAUGUCUAGGCGAAUAAAUCUAUGAUGUUGCUCAAAUGAUUUUUGACCAAAUGAAAAUUGCAUUUGCAUGGUGGUGUUGAACGCCAGCUGAGGAUGGAGAGGAGGUGGGUUGAACCAGCAGGUAAUGUGAUGAUUUUCACCUGUGUGUAAACAAGGCAAAGUUACUUACCCUUUAGUGUAAAUUAAAAGGAAUAGAAGUGAGUAUUGACAUUAAGAGAGGUGAAAGCCCCAAAAUAUUGGGAUUGUAUUUAUUAUUUUUUUUGCAGUUUUAAACAGCAUGCUUAAAAAUGCUAGUGGGAGACUGAAGCUCUGUAAAAGGCUGGCUAUUUACAGACUCCUUUCCAAUCACCUUCACGCACAGUGGGUUAUAUGACAUUGUUAUUGUCACACUUUCUUGAAGAUAGAUGGCAAUUCAUCCUGCCAAAACUACUCUUUGAUGUGAAUUGAAUUACAUCUUGACUUUCUUGUUCUUCUACAUCCAACUUUUCCUAUUAGAGGUUGCCACUGCGAAUCAUCUGUUACCACCUAAUUCCAUCCUCGGCAUCCUCUACUCUCGCACCAAUUAACUUCAUUUUCUCUUUCAACACAUAUAUACAGUAGUGUGAAAAAGUGUUGGCACCCUUUAUGGUUUAGAGACUGUAGCACUGAGGGUACAAAGCACAAAGACUUGAGUCAGAGAUGGAGGUAGCAGAGAUGAGGAUGUUGAGGUUCUCUUUAGGAGUGAUGAGGAUGUACAGUAUUAGCAACGAGCAUAUCAGUGGGAGACAGUUUAGGUUGUCAGAGAGGCUUGACUGAGAUCUGGUUUGGACAUAUGCAGCUGAGGGAGCGUAGUUAUAUUGUACUGUUUAUUAUUAUUAUUAUU